AUGGCAAACACAGAUUGGGGAAAUCAAACGUCCAUCACAGAAUUCAUCCUCCUAGGAUUCGGGGAUAUCCCUGAGCUGGAAAUCUUCCUCUUCCUACUGUUUCUACUGAUCUACAUUGUGACUGUGUCUGGGAACGUCCUCAUCAUUGUGCUAGCUAUUACUGAGCGAAACCUUCACACCCCCAUGUACUUCUUCCUGGGGAACUUGUCCUGCUUGGAGACCUGCUACACCUCCACCAUCCUGCCCAGAGUUCUGGCCAGUCUUCUGACUGGGGACAAGACCAUUUCCAUCAGUGGUUGUUUAACACAAUAUUAUUUUAUUGGUUUCUUUGCAGGUGCAGAAUGCUAUCUGCUAGCGGUGAUGUCUUAUGAUCGGUUCUUGGCGAUAUGCAAACCUCUGCAUUAUGCUGUCCUCAUGAACGGCAGAUUCUGUCUGCAGCUAGCAGCAGGAUCUUGGAUAAAUGGAUUUCUGGCCAUGACCGUAGUAAUAGUUCUUAUGUUACAAUUAAUUUUCUGUGGCCCCAAUGAAAUUGAUCAUUUCUACUGUGAAUCCACAGAAAUACUUAAUCUUUACUGUAGUGACACCAACCAGAUAGAUCUUGUCAUUACCUUCCUGGCUGCUAUAUUCACUCUGCCCCCAUUUGUAUUAACUAUGGCAUCCUACAUAUGUAUCAUCAUCACCAUCGUGAGAAUUCCUUCCACCACUGGGAGGCAGAAGGCCUUUUCCACUUGCUCCUCUCACCUCACUGUGGUGACAAUUUUCUAUGGGGCCAUAAUGAUUCUCUACAUGCUACCAAAAACAAACUCGCUGAGAGCCCUGAACAAAGUGUUCUCUGUCUUCUACACAGUUCUGACUCCUAUGGCCAAUCCCUUCAUAUACAGCCUGAGAAACAUAGAGGUGAAGGACACUAUAGGAAAAAUGGUCAGCAAAUGUCUAGAUUUUACAAGAAAUCAGCGAUCAUGUGGUUUUUUUCUUUCUGUACAAAGCAAAAAUGGUGAGAUGCACAGCUGA